UCCCUUUUCUCUCUCCGCUUGAAAGCUUCUACGCUACUGUACCGUGUGGUGAUCUCCAGCUUUUCCCACCCCCAGACUCUCCAGUGCUCUUCACCCAGGGACGUUGUAGAAGAAAGUCCGUCUCUGACUUGCCUUGCUUCUGAGCUGCUGAACGAGAACUACUCGGGAUGAGAGACGCAGGGAAGGAAAGGGAGAGAAUGUGCUCAGACUGAGAGGAGGCAGGCUUCAGUGUAUGUCAGUAAAACAGAGGGAUAGUUAACAUCGAGCAAAUAAAGGAGGCAGGAAGAGCUGAGCGCUCAAAAAAGGUUGGCAAGUUGGACAAGAGGAGGAAGAAGAAGCAGGGGAAGAAGAAGCAAGAAAAAAGAAUUAAAAGAGAGGGGAGGUACAGUAACAACGCCUCGCAGCACUUUCUCUCUCCUUCUUGCCUCUCUCCGUACUCUUUCUCUCUCUUUUCUUCCCCCUACGGCAAAGAAGCGGAGGAAGACUUUUUUUUGAAAAGUACAGGGGGAGGAGAAGCAGUGUGAGAGCCUCGGCAGCCACUCUGAGAAGCAAAGUCACGCUUCAGAAGAGUCAGCGGGAGAGGAAGACCAACUGUCUUUAGGGGCAGAGGGACACAUAAAAAGGACUUUAUAACUCUGCUACAAAACCACAAACACAGGGGCAAUUAACUGGCCGUCAGAUAACAGUAACAGACACUGCUGGCAGAAAAAAAAAAUAUCCCUGAGAAAGAAAAAAGUGACUGAAGAAGAAGACCAGUGCAGGACAGGACAGACAUACUGAAAAACACAUCAACAAAAAGAAACAGAGAGAGAAAAAGAGGAAGAGCGCCGGCCUCUCCGGUGUCCUUGCAUACCCCCAUCUUCCACCCCCUGCUUUCCCAUCCCCUCUCAGCCGAGAUGAUGAUGUAUUUCUGGGGUAACCAAGAGGCCCCAGCUCCCCCUGAAGCCAUGGCGCAACCUUUCCCACCAGCCCAGUACCCGCCUCCACCACAGAAUGGGAUUCCAGCUGAAUACGCCACACCCCACACCCACCCACCGGCCGACUACACGGGACCAAGCACGGUGGGAGAUCACACCCUGACGCUGUACACGCCAACGCACACACAAAGCGAGCAGCCGGGAAAUGACAGCAGCACCUCGGCCCUCACAGUCAACACAGUAACGCAGGCAGAGGAGGUUGCACAAACGGAGGGCUCCCAGCAGCUCCACCUGCAGCCCAGCGAUUCGUCAGAGAAGCAGCAGCCCAAGAGGUUACAUGUCUCCAACAUCCCUUUCCGUUUCCGGGACCCUGACCUCCGGCAAAUGUUUGGGCAAUUUGGCAAGAUUUUAGACGUGGAGAUUAUUUUUAACGAGCGAGGCUCCAAGGGCUUUGGGUUUGUAACAUUUGAAACGAGUGCAGAUGCUGACCGUGCACGGGAGAAACUAAAUGGUACAAUCGUUGAGGGACGCAAAAUAGAGGUCAACAAUGCCACAGCCAGAGUAAUGACCAAUAAAAAGGUGGCAAACCCUUAUACAAACGGCUGGAAGCUGAAUCCAGUGGUUGGAGCAGUAUACGGCCCUGAAUUUUAUGCAGUCACAGGCUUUCCAUACCCCAGUACAGGAGCAGCUGUUGCCUAUAGAGGGGCCCAUUUGAGAGGGAGGGGCCGCGCCGUCUACAACACGUUCCGUGCUGCACCCCCUCCUCCACCCAUCCCUGCCUAUGGAGCUGUGGUCUACCAGGAUGGCUUUUAUGGGGCAGAAAUAUAUGGAGGCUAUGCAGCCUACAGAUAUGCCCAGCCAGCUGGUACUGCUGCAGCCGCUUACAGUGACAGUUAUGGCAGAGUCUAUGCAACAGCAGACCCCUAUCACCAUACACUUGGUCCUGCAGCCACAUACAGCGUGGGAACUAUGGCUAGCCUUUACAGAGGAGGGUGCAGUCGCUUCACUCCCUACUAGAACAGAGGGAGACCCCCUUUCUACCCCGCAAAACAGACAAAAAAAACAAAAAAAAACAAACAAACAUUUUUUAAACCACAACAAAUGAUAUCACUAAACUUCUUCACCCGCUUCAUGGAAAAGUAAAAACGAAAUGCUUCCAGGUGGCUAAUGUGACCUUGAAACACAACAAUUCUCAAGUUGCUUCCCCACUUAUGGAGUGUACAGUGUCAUUUGUCCCUGUAAUGACUGGAAAAGAACAUUUUGUUACGAUGUGUUGACUUGAAUGUAUUUGCAUUGAAAUGGUUGUAGCAGGGAAAAAAAGUCAUUGUGGAAAAAGUAGAGGAAAGUUUAAAGAAUUUAAAGUAAACCUUUAACCUGAGUCUUAAAGUUACCAGUCUGCAACUCAGCUUUUUGGAGAGGCCUUUUGAACUGGUUUAAUUCCAUCUUUUGUUGUUUAGAUUUGCCCAUACUCCAUAUUCAUUAAGAUAACUAAUGUUCAAUAAUUGUAGCCUCAGCACCAUUUCUCAGAAUGGAUUUAUCACUUAAAUUCUAAGGCCAUUUAAGCGAGCCAGCAACUGGAGCUGAGUUUUAUACUGACUUAAGUGGACUCAGAACUGUUCAGAUCAAAGGAGGUGGAACCGCAUCAAAAUGUCGACCAGGAAUUGAUGCAUUAUGAAAGCCAGACGGUGUGUGGAAGAGUGUGAUGUAUUGCUGAAUGUGGAUGCAGCAGGAAGUGAUGUUAGAGCAGGGUGUGGAUCAAGAGCAAUGGCAGCCACUGCAAAAUGGGCAGCAGUGUGUUAGAGCCCAUUGAUCAUUGGCACAGCGCCAGAGGCUGGAGGUAUCCCAUUACUGCUGAAUGGCUUUAAAGGAAAAAAAAAACUCCUUUCCUCACCAACACUUCCCAUGUUUAAUGUCUUCUCACAUCCUCUACAUAAAAAGCAAUAAUCCCACAUUUGUUUUAUACACCAGUUACUAGAGAGUAUUUCUGACAGUCUGACAAAUCUUCUGGAAUUUAAUAUUAACACUAUUUUAUUAAUCAUUUUAGCAUGGCCCCUUGAGAAAAAAAACACUAUAAUGCCCAGAGAAUAAGGCCACAAUAAAUCACAGGCUUAAAGUGCGAUGCAUUUAAGUCUAAUAUACACGUUCUGUUCAUCUCUGGUUCGAUCAGCCUGACAAUCAGACGAAACUGUAUCUUCUGACUUCAUUCUAACUAACUGCUAAGUACGGUUAUUGUUUUUCCUGAUUAUCAAAUGAAUCCAUUUUUGCUGUGUCCUGUCAGCCCACAACAAGUGUAAACCUGUGUCUUUCUCAUCCAUGCCAUUUUAAGGGUUUUCCUAUCUCUGCUAUUCAGUGAUAAGUUUUACAUGAAGACAAAUCAUUUGCUACUUCAUAUAGAGAAAUACUGGCAGACAUUUGCUGGCACCUUCAUACUUUUUAGCCUUAAGUUGGAUAUAUUCUGAACCAAGUUGAAGUUUUCUGAAAUUCCUGCUCUUAAUUAUGAUUUGCACCAUCCACAAACAGAAAAAUUACACCGGGCUGCUUGCUUUUGUAUUUCAUAUUUUAUUCAGCAUUAUUUAUGGGCAAAUACUGAUUUUGUUGUGUGCACUCACAGCACACAACUUGGACUUAUUAACAACUUGUGAGUUGACUGUGAGUGGACUUCUCCAUUUGGGUGAUUGUAUAAGGUUGUUUAACGUGACAAGAUCAUUGCAGGUUGGAUCCCUGAUUUAAAGUCAACUUAAAACCACAUGGCAAAUAAGCCACGAAAUGAUAUGGCUCUACUGUCAUCAUUACAAACUGAAUUACUUCUUCAGGUUUGCCAUUGCACUUGCUGUAUGUGUCCUAAACGUACCCAUGUCAUAUGUACAUUUGCCCUCUGCAGUUGAUGUAUGUCCAUUAGUGGUCCUAAAUUUAAAAUCAAAAACAGUGAUAUCUAUGCAAAAGCAGGAGCCCACCGUUAUAGUUGGAGCUCAUUUUGAACUAUUUCAAAUCUGCUGAUGAUCUCUUCCUUUAACUGAUUGUUUGGUUCACAGAACUUCUGAAGAUAGUGACCCGUGUCACAUAGUUCCCCAAAGCCCAGACCAACCAACAGUCCAAACUUCCAAAUCAGAGAAAACCCAGUGUGUACAGUUAGGAUAAAUUAUUUAAAUUAUUGACCUUCAUUUUGUGAAUAGCACAUUAGUACUUACUGAGUUUGGGACUUAAAACGUGAACUUUCCCCUAGAGAAUAUUUCAGUUUUUAAAUUACAUUUACAUAUUUCAUGAAGUGAUCAUUUCUAACAUGGGUCCAGUUGAAAUAAAAAUGAAAUAGCUCAGAUUAGUGCGGCUGUGCCAAUAUUUUUUUAAUUUGAAGUAAUUUCAUUAAUUCUAUCACCACUGUACAAGUAAAUUAAGACCCACAUCAGCUGUCUCUAGAUGUGGAUACCUGCCUUUUGCACCAUUCAGAAAAAAACAGAAUUUUAGAAGAGAAGCUCUUUCCCCAUAUCGAGUAGUCAUUAUGAUGAUUGGCAGUGCUGUUUCAGAGGAAUGAGACCAACGAUGAGACCAAGAGUGAAUUUAUAAGCAGCACACCUUUGGAUUUAUUUUUCACUUUCACCAGUUCUUUUGUGUUUUUUACUUGAUGAACAAAAAUAGCAAGUGGAGAUGCCCACCAUGUCCACAUACACAAGACUUGCUGCUACACGUUGGUAAAUAUAACAAAUGACCCUGUGAUUGAAAGACUCCUGCCUGAAAACAGCUUUUCUGUCUGCCUGUUGACAUUCUACUGUCCAAUAAAGAUAAAAAUGCUAAAAAGAGACACAACAUUACCAUAAAAUACUCUCUACCAGCAACCUCCAUUCAAUCGUUACAUGUUACAACACUACAACUCCACAUUCCAAUUUGUAUUAGCAUUGAGAGUGACCUACUGCAGAAGUUUAACUUGUGCUUGUUAUAGAUUGGCUGAAAUGGAAACAGGAGUAUAUCCACAUAGAAAACCAUAGCCUAUCUUAGUAUUGAUUCCUCUCUGCCUUCAGGCAUCUGUCUUCUCUCUGCAGGAACAAGAUGGAAACAGAAUAAGACAGUUUGCAAUGUUCACCUUAACCCACAAACCAGUCUUCCAACCAGACUCAUUGGAAGACAGCUAAAACAAGGAACUAUGGAAACCUCUGGUUCCCACUUCAGCUUGAAUAGUUUUAAUUCCAGAGCAAUAAAAUGAAACACAAAAAGAAGGGUAGCUACUUUUGUAAAGAUCCUUUACAGGGGCCAAUUUCACAAUAGCAAUUUCAAUUAUCGCACGUAUGUGAGCACAUAUGGUGCUAGUGGAACCUUUCUCGAAUCAGCUUUACUGUCUCGUUUGGUUAGUGUCAAACUUAAUACAAGAGGAAAUUAUCUCACGUUCCAAAUCAUAUCUUGCAUAUUUUAACUUUAGUAGAACAAGCCCUCGAGCCAAGCCACUUAUGUUAAUAUAAUUUAGAGAAAAUAGAAGUCAACACAUUACUCUGUGUCUCCACCAGUGACCACAAACUCCAAGUAUAGCAUUAAUAUGAGAAAAUCUGAAGCCAGAUUCAUCUAAUGGUGUGGCCUCAACAUGUACACAGCAGAUAUAUGCUAAGUGAAACACGGCUAACUCUGUGUUACACACACACGCUCACGCACACACCAGCUAUUUGUGCACGUUAUGUCUGAUGGGAUCGUAAAGAGGCAGUAGCAGGAAGAAAGGGGAGUGUGAAGAGAAGCACCAACCAAGGCAAUUUACCCCUCAGAUUAGAGAUAAGAGAGUUCAGUCAAUGAGUGCUGAUCUCAUUUGAAGAUAUACCACACUAGAUACACACACACACACACACACACACACACACACACACACACACAUUCCCAUGAUCUGUUGCUGUCAGUGGCUGGGUUUCCAUUACCCCUAGAAAUGUGCAAAACCUAAAUAUUGCAAUAACUGGUAAUGGAAACGCCUACAUUUUGAAAAACCUCGCUAAAACAUUUUUAUGCUCUCGUGAGGUGGUUCUUCAGACAUAUCGAUAUAACAAUCUCAAAAAUACAAUGGAAACACUUUUUUAACAUUUCCCCGUCACUGGUGUCACUGGGGAUGACGCAGCGUCAUGUGACCAGUUUAUUUGAAGUCCAUCUUCCUCAAAUUCACGUCUCGCGUGACAAGAGAAUUAUUGGACGUUGCGAGACAAGACUUUACAAGAGUUCCAGCUUAUUCACAUAACGCCUUUCCAUUAAAACACAUACAUACAGCAGUUAUAUUUUUAAAUUUCAAAAAUAUCACUUUUAUUUUGCAAAAAAAACUGUAAUGGAAACACAUCUAGAGUUUUCACUCUGAUCCUUAGCUGUCUUGCUGUUUCCACUACAAAUAAUAAUUGUUGCAGUAAAUACAACCUGGACAAUUCACCAUUCCUGCAGCCUAAUCAGAUAUCCAUUUUUUUUCCUUCAGGCAAACGAGAUGUGACCUUAACCUUAAGAGAAGCACCUGCACAUUGGAUAGCUUUUCCAUCAUAAGCCAUUUUACAACACUACAUGACACUGACAGGACAGGGUUAGGCAUUCCUUAAUCAUGACCACACAGCACAUUGGUUAAAUGUGUACAGCCUAAACACAUACAAUUUUUUUUAGAUGAUAGCAUACCAGAUGAGCUCCUUCACAUUACAAUCCACAAUAUGCCGUAUUUUCAUAUUUGAUAUGUUUUUCCAUAGCACCCCCAAAGGGUCAGGGCUGGACUUGCAUUACCUAAUUUGUGUAUUGCCCAGAUCCUUCGGAACAGUUAAUGUUUUGGUUCAGUCACAGCAUAAAACCAUCUUGGUGCCAGACUUGGAUAAUAUGGUUAGGACUUAUCUUAUUUCAACACUUGCAUAUUGUCAUCCAGUAGACUUUACUUUGCGUCUCUUACAGAAAAGACUGAGGUCAGCUCUGCACAAAUAAUAAAAACACACUGCACAACAAACUUGACUUUUGUAUUAAAUUGAUUGUAUCCUACUAGCCACAUUUCCAGUUCCAAUGGCGAUGUCUUGGUCAAAAGAUACAUCAGUAAUACUCUGUAGUGACUUAAUACGUUUUUAGGAUACAAAAGGAGUGUUUCAGAAAAUGUGAGAGGUCUGGAAUAUGCAGAUUUGGACUGAUUUCACAGAACAUUUUUCCUACCUGCAUUCAUAAAUUCAAAUGUAGGUGACAAUUGGACAAAGUUCAGUCAAUUAUAGUCAUUCAUUAAGCUCCUCACUACAAACUAGUACAGAUAUGCAAACAGAAUGCUUAUAUAUUGUAAAUAUACUUUCAGUGGUGAUGGGAUACCUACUGUUUUUCAUAAUUAUUAAUGUAAAUAAAAACCUAGUAUCUGUGUUUUUCAUUUAUAUAUGCUCUUCCAUGCACUUUACAUUUUAUAAUUGUACAUUUGUCUUUGGUUGUGAAAGUCAUUUUACCAGAAUUUGUGUCUCUUAGAAAGAACUGUAUUAGCUUAGUAUUCAUUAGCCUCUUGUUUAAAGCGAUAUUAACGAUAGGUUGUCAUUCUAUAGAAGAUGAAAAAAUAUCCCUUUUAUAUAGGUGCAGUCAUGUGAAAAAUAUAUACAUUGUUGGCUUUUUCAUACACAUUUGGACAAGAAAACAUUUGACCCGCUUUAGAACAGUGUCUGAAUAAAGAUGAAUUACCUAACAAUUUGACCAUAAAUGGCUGCCUCACCGAGUCCAGUCCAAGUCUUUGGCGUCAAAGGGCAUGUGUCUGCCAUCCGACUGAGAUAGUAUUGAGAUUGCGUUUCUCUAGAAUAGCCUUAAACCAACUGCAAAGCAUGAUGGUGGAAAUGUUUUAGCUUAAACCCAUUGAUUCUGCAUCAUAUUAAAGAAUGCUCGAAGAUAAUGUAAGGUCAUCUGUCCAAAAGCUGAAGCUCAAGUGGAAAUGGUCCAUUCAAGAGGAUAAUGAUCCUAAACACCAACCACCAUGGAAUGGCUCAAUAACAAGCAAUGGCAGAUCAUGCAAUGGCCUAGUCAGAACAGUUUUGAAUUGUACCAAGAAUUUGAUAUUAGGGUGACCAAACAUUGUCAAAAAAGUUAGCAAAUCAAUGUCAGAGUCUAGGGGAUAAAUAUGCAAAACGCCUACAGGAAGACUGCUGAAGAGGGCAGUCAUCCCUUCUAAGACCAAAGGUGGUGAGGCUACCACUCUUUAGAGAACUAAUAAACUAAUGUGUCCAAAUGUGUUAAAAAGCUAACAAUUUCCACAGCUCACUUUUUCAAAUGACUGCAUGGGUGAGUCAUUAGGGCUCUGACAAUAGCAACAUUUCAUAUGACAUAAAAAUGCUUUAACUCAAAUCGGAUGUCUUUGUGUGAUUCUAUGGUCACAUUACAAUGGGACGUGUGUUUUGUUAAACCACAGGCCUUCAACUGUCUACCGCAAUGUCUCCUAAAUAACCACCAUGGCUUUCAGUUCACAAACAAGGCAUAUCAUUCUGUUUAGUUUUUUUCAGAAACCACAUAAAAAUGGCUUCAAAAAUUACAUAGGCUAUUACCUGAAAGUACUUUUAUAUUUUACUCACCUUUCCAUCCUCUUUAAGUGGACAUCAAUCAUCAUGUCAAUCAUUAGCUCCUACAGGAGACCGCUGCUCCCUCUAUUAGCUAAAAUCACAGGGGAGUUUUCAGCCGAAUUCGAUGCAGCUUCUGUCUUAGUUUGUUGGUGAUUGACAUGGUGAGAGUUCCUGUUCUGCAUGGCUGAAUAGGCACUCAUUAACUGAUUUCCAGUUUAACUGGCUUUAUUAAUUUAGGCAUUUGUAAGAUGGCACCAUGAGUUACCAUCCAAAUACGAAAUAGUGUACCAUGGAUCUUCUUUCCUUCUUGUUUUUCUUUCUCUCUAUAUAAAGGGCUUCAAUGUGAGUUAUCAGCCACCAUCAGGUUAAAGGCUGUGUUUUUAGGGGGAGGACAGUCUCUGUUAAACAGGAAGGAAAUCUUAGAAGCUACUGAUCUUAGUUUUUUCACUACUGGUUGCCCCCCUUUGCAUUACUUUUCUUAUGUGUCAUAGAAAUGUAUAGUGGUAAACUGCCUCUUCUUAAAAGCAUCUAAAAAGUUUACUUACACUUUUUAAAUGAGUUCAUCUGAAUAGUGAAUCCAGUCUUCUCACAGACAUAGCUGUUCCACAAAGCCUGCCUGGUCUUUAGUAAUUCUUAAAGGGUAGUUUUAAAACACUGAAUACAGAAUUUCUUUGUAUUAGCAGCUUCAUUUUUCAAAGCCCUCUAGUCUGAUAUGAAGUACUGGGCAAAAGGUUCAGUCACUUCAGAUGUUGUGAUUCUUAUCCAUCACAAAAAACACGAAAAACCUCUUCAGCAACAAGAACAAGGAGUCCUGCAGCAGAUGGCUCCCACAGAGCCCAGAUCUCAACAUCAUAAAAGUCAGGCUGGGAUUACAUGAAAAGACAGAUAGGCUAAAUCUACAAGAAAUGGCAUGGUUUUUAUAUCAAAGGGUGUUUAUGAAAGGUAAUGAUUUGAUGUGUGUAUUUUUCUGUUAAGUGGGCAGUCAUUUGCAUCAUCACAAUACUUUUACUGCCUAAAAUGGUACCAACUGAGUGAUUUAUGACACAGCUAUCUACUUGUGUCCAGUAGAAAGCCAUUCAGACUGUCCUCUGUGGGAGAGUGGGGGGCAGAGUUAACAGACUAAGAACAGAGCAGACUUUGAAGAAGCCGCAAGGGUUUAGACUUAAGGCCUCAUAUUUUUAGAACACCAUCAUGGGGCUCAUAACACCAAACAUAACUGUAAUGUGUUAUUCAUGCCCAUCCACUAAAGACUCUUUAAGUUUAUGUGUCCUCUCUUGUUGUUUUAGAGUUAAGGGUUUACAAACAUGUCAAUAGAUUUUUAGAUGAUGUUUUAUAUGAGAAAGUGUCCAAACUAGUUGUGUGUAGUCCUUGUUUAAAUGUGCUGUGGUUUAUUUUGAGUACUUGGUAAAACUUUGUGUGUCAAGUGUUCCUCUGUGGUUGAUUUGCUUUUUUCCCCUGAUGUAUGUAUGUGCCAAAAUUUGAUGCAUACGUUCUUGGCUUCAUAUUUCUCCUGAGCCUACGAGAGUUUUCCUGGCCCAGUGUGAAUGCAGCACUGAUUUAUUUUUGUUUCAUCGUCCCUAUUAAACAAGCACAUUUAUCAAAUUUAAUUGUUUAAUUGUCUCGAUAUACUCAAGUUCUCAUUUGAUCUUUUCCUGGCUGCUCACACAGUGGUAACACGGGGUGAUCAGGAUUGGUUUCUGAAAACUUGACUGAUGAGUCUAUGAUCUCAUCUCUGACCUCUACACCUUUCCAAGGCAUUCCUUCUUUAUGAAGUUAGAGCAAAGAAAGUAGCAUCAAAUGAUAAACGUGUUUCAGCUCACGUACAGGUGUACAGGUUUGGGGGGUUUUUGUGGUGGGUGAGAGAGAUGGGUAGAUACUGGUGGGGAAGAAUGGUCGACACUGGUUUCUCAACUCAAGGUAUUUGCACAUUUGUCAUGAAAGUGGUCAAUAUAUUUGUCACCCCCUGUGUGAUUGUAUACCUUGAGCCCUAACUGUACUGUUCCACUCAGUUCACAUUCUGCAGAGACGCUGAGAAAAUGUGAACAAGGGAGCAAGCCCCUUUAGCUGAGACAAGAGGAUGCCAUUAUUGGCUGUGAUUGGCGACUCAGCAGAGCCACUGCACAUGUCCCGUCUCUCUCCAGAGGGGCAGGACUGGGCUACUACAAAGAAAUUAAAGUCAAUCCUUAAUUCUACAUCUGAAGAUCUCUCCCCCGUAAACUCACUCUCACAUACACACCUCUUUGCUUCACCCCGACAACUAAUCUCUUGGAAUUAAAGAGGUUCUGUCAAGACGAGGGCCUCCUGGGACACAACCAGCCUCACUUCUGCCCUCCUCUUUGCUCUUCCUAUUGUUGCUGAAGUGUGGUGUACUUCCCUGCUCAUUGUGCACACACUGUGUCCAGUGCUGUGUUGUAGAGAAGAAAAAUAUCUUUACACUUUUUGGUACUUGAAUUUCUUUGAUACCUAGCUGUUAUACUUGCAGUGUGGGGUAGAUUAAACUGCAGCUGAUAUUGGUCGUGAUUCACCACAUGUCCAAUUAAGUACAAUCAUUGUUCUUAUUCACUAGAAAUAUUUUUCUCUGUAUUUGGUAAAACGUAUUUUGUUGUGAAUUUGCAAUUUCCCCAAACAUCUAAAGCACUAAAUAACUUCACACAGGGAAGACUAUUAUAAUCUGCAUUAUUAAAUUUAAAAAGGAAAUAUCUCCCCAGGUGGCCAUUUGAGGAACUGCAGUUUUUGGCACUGCUGUGUGGGCCUCACGACACUGAUGGCGUCUUUCUCAUCUCAUCAACCCUUCUAUACUAUACAGAAAUGUAUCACUGUAUUGUUGUAUAUGAUGAUGAACUUGGUCAAACAGUACUUUGUUUAUAAAGUUGUAUUUGUGACUGUUUAUGAAAUGUACAGUGUUAUCAAUCUGGUUUGCAAGUAAUCUAAUCCAUCCAGCAUAAAUGUCUAUUUAUUGCUCAGUGACUAAAUACAGUUUGUCCUGUGAAUACUAAAUCAGUUAUGAUGCUGCAGCUAUUUUGAAGUAUGAUAAAAAAAAAAAAUACUGUCCACUGGAAAAUCAAACUUAGUAUGCCCAGUGUGUAUGUGUAGUAUGUACAUUUAUACUGACCUGCGUGUUCUCUGUUUUUUAGUAAAUAAAAGACUAGCGGGAUGAGUACAGAUGGACAUCUGCUAAAAAAAAAAAAAAAAAAAGAAGAACAUCGUGGACACAGAAGGACAA